AUGAGUGAGAUGAGCCAAGUUGCACAACCUUAUGCCAAAGCUGCCUUCGAGUUCGCCUGCUCAAGGAAUGCUCUCUCGCUGUGGCAAAACCUGUUGCAAUCAGCUUCUCAGAUCAGCAAUGACACACAGAUGAGAAUGUUAUUGAGCCACCCACUGACAGCACAGUACGGUUCUCAACUGUUACAAGAACUUUGCCAGCCCAAAGGCAACCCGUAUACCAACAAUUUUCUACAAUUGCUGGCACGAAAUCAAAGAUUAAACGCAUUACCUGAAAUUUAUCAACAGUUUAUUCAAUUGCAACAGACACAAGCUAAGCAAGAAACCGUCGAAAUUAUCACGGCACGUUCCUUAACCACUCAGCAAGAGCAUCAGCUAAAUCAUGCAUUAGCCAAACGGCUAAAUCGCCAGGUUACAUUACACAUUCAGGUUGAUCCUAAAUUACUGGCUGGCCUCAUUAUUCAUAUCGGUGAUUGGAUGCUUGACCGCAGUAUCCGAGGUUGA